AUGUCUAAGGUUGUCUCUAGCAUCCUCGGACCUCUUCUGGAGAAACUAACUUCAUCAGCUGUUGAAGAAAUUCAACUGGUAGGGGGUGUCAAGGAUGACCAAGAAAAGCUCAAGAACAAGCUAGAGAUGAUUGAGAAGGUGCUUGCCAAUGCUGAGCAGAAGCAAACAAAAGAGGAAGCUAUGAGGCUUUGGUUGUCGAGACUUAAGGACUUUUGCUAUGAUGUGGAGGACGUGUUAGACGAAUUUGAAGCCAGGGCUUUGUGGAGGCAAGCAAGGUUGACCGAGUACUUGACCCUCAAAAGCAAGAACUAUGAGUUCAACAACUUGGAUCUGAUCCAACUGUGGAUCUCAAACGGGCUUAUCCAAUCUAGUGGAAAUAAUAAGGAGCUAGAAGAGAUUGGACGGCAGUACUUGGAGGAGCUGUGGUCGAGAUCCUUCUUCGAUUUUGUCCGGGAAGACUAUCCAUUUCUAUUCUUCCGAAUGCACGACCUCAUUCACGAACUUGCCAUUUCGGUGGCACAAACCGAAUUGUCCAACAUGAAAGUGCACGCGCAAGAUAUUUCCCCGAAGACUCGGCAUAUAUCGUUUCCCAACCCAUCUCGUAUACCAAGAGAUGAACUCCAUGGCUGCUUGAGCAAACUUAGCCGCAUUCGUACCAUCAUGCUUGAGGAUGGUUCCUCUGGGGAGUUCCUUUUGGAGAUGUGCAUUUCGCGAUUCAAGCACUUGCGAGUGCUAUGGCUAGAUUACUCUAGCUUUGACCUACUGCCUAGUUCCAUUGGCAGUCUAAAGCAUUUGAGGUUUCUUAGUUUGUGGGGCAAUUGGGAUAUCAAGAAACUCCCCGAUUCGAUCUGCAAGCUUCACAAUCUACAAUGCUUAGAUCUUGGCUUGUGCAUGGAACUUGAGGAAUUGCCUGCAAACAUUAAGAAUCUGAUCAGCCUCCCCGUUUUAUGUAUAACCACAAAACAACAACAUUUCCCGGAGAGGGGAAUAGGAUGCUUGACUUCUCUACGGUGGCUAUUGAUUGCAUCGUGCGAGAAUUUGGAAGCCUUGUUUGAUGAUAUCCAAUUGCUCACAUCGCUCCGUAAGAUGUUCAUCGUGCAUUGUCCGAAGAACUUGAAGCUGCCAGAAGACGAAAGUAAUGAACCACGCUCGAUGCUGAGCCUUCAAUCCUUCAUAUUCGAGGGAUUACCGGAGCUAGUUUAUUUCCCCAGGUGGCUCGAAGGUUCUACAAGUACACUACGGAGGAUAAAAAUUGUGAAUUGUCCCAAGUUGAGGGAAUUGCCCGAGUGGUUGCAAAAUUGUUCUUCUCUAAGAACACUGGAGAUUAAAGACUGUCCUAGAUUGUCCUCUUUACCGCACGGCAUUCGCCGCAUUCCUACAUUGACAGAGCUGUGGAUAACUAAUUGCGGGGGAAUCGAGUAG